AUCAUAUGCGUACGUUUUCCUUAAUCUUGUGACAUGAGUCAGUUCGUGUUUUGCAAUCAAUGCAGUAUAACAUGGACUGAUAAUUGUGUACAAUGAAAGCAAUAAUAUUCAUUGUGUUAUUAGUGUGUUUACAAUUACAAGCCAAGGACUUGAUAUUAGGUACUAGAAUUAAUAACUUGUUGAUAUCAACGCAGAAAGUUGUGUUUAGUGGAAUACCACUUAUAAGACGUGAUAAAGAUUAUGUGUAUACAGAUCCGAAACAGAGGAUUAUUAAGGGAGUGAUUGCCCGCGAUCUUUCUCGAACAGACGCUGAAGUGACAGUGACAGCUGGUGGUGUGGGCGAAACACACAUAACUUUACACCUGCGGAGUGCGAGGGGGGAGGGACUGAACUACCUUAUACUCAUUUUUAGUGAGAAUAAAUAGUUUUCUU